UCACACAACUGCCAUAACAAAGCCAGCCGAAUAUAUAGAAGCUGAGAUCACACGUGCUCUUAAAUAGUAAGAGCAGAAAGUAUCUCCUUCAGAUGACACAGUACAGUUUAAAGACUUAAGGAAUUGAAAAACUUUCACUUAUAUAGGUUUUUACAUAGCAAUAAUGCUGUUACUAUACUGGUUCCCUUAAUGAUAAUAAUGCUUCAUAAACAUAUUUUGUGCAAACGUGUGCACGGGCAGGGCUCCAACAAUAAGAGCUGUAUUCACAUUAAAAUUUUCAAAAUAUAUCAUGGAGCAUAUAAUUAAUACACGAGAUAAACAUAUUAACUAAAACAGAUGGUCUAAGAUAUUAUAUAUGUUAAUAUAAGAAAUGAGUUGGAGAAAUGGGUGGGCAGGGAGCACGGCACAGACAUCGCUACACUGUAUAUGUCCAAAUCUGAAUAUCAUGUGUUGAUUUAGAAGAUGCUUCACGUCUUCCUCACCUAAUGAUUUUAAUAUAAAUACAUAUGAAGUAGAUGGCAGAGAAAGCAAGGAAAAAUUUGCAACAACUUAUCACAUUCAAAACUUCUAGCCAAAAAUCUCUUACUCAAGAAGAAAAAAUGGCUGCCUUAAAAUCCAACCUCCAUGUCCGCUCAAACAGCUUGCCAUCCAAAUCACACCCUGUUAUCGAAGAGUGCAGUGGCCAUUUGUUGAGAAUAGGAUGUUCUGAUGCAACUUCAUCAUCAUCUUCCAUUGCUCACCAGCUCAGUGUUCUUGAGGAUUUGCAUAUUUGUGUUGAGAAAUUGCUUCAGCUACCCCUAACACAACAAGCCUUUUCCACAGGCCACCAAGAGAAAUGGGUUGAUGAAUUAGUGGAUGGAUCCCUUAGACUCUUGGACUUGUGCAGUGCAGCCAAAGAUGCAGUCUUGCACACAAAGGAAUGCGCACGAGAUAUUCAAUCAACCAUGCGUAGAAAAGUUAGUCUUGAGAAUGAGAUUAAGAAAUACUCAGCCUCAAGGAAAGUAGUGAAAAAGGCAAUCCAAAAGGCCUUGAAAAGUUUGAAAGGUGUUGAAUCAAAAUACUUAGCCUCUACUUCCACCAAAGAUAGUGAAACUGCAGCUUUGGUUAAUGUUUUGAGAGAGGUGGAGGGUGUCACUCUUGCAGCAUUUGAGUCUUUGUUGUCCUUUAUUUCUGGACCGAAGACACAGUCUAAGCUUGGUGGCUGGUCUCUAGUUUCCAAGCUCGUGCAAAGCAAAAGAGUUGGCUGCGACGAAGAUGUUGUAAAUGAAUUCGCAAGGGUGGACGCUGUCCUUUUAACUCAGGAGACAAACAAAGCUGACCAAGCUAUGCUAGAGCUGAAAAAUCUCGAGAUGUGCGUUCAAGACUUUGAACAAAUGCUAGAAUCCUUGUUCAGACGUUUAAUCAAAACCAGAGUUUCCUUUCUCAACAUCCUCAACAACUAAUCUUAGAAGAUCAUAUGUAUAUUUGUCCACCAUGGACAUCCAAAAUUUUGAUAGCAUAGAUGAAAUAUGUUCACAUACACUUGUAAAUGCUAGGAUAUACAUGUAUAUUGGCAGUAAUUUCAAAAGAUUCAUUUUGUCCAUUUGAUGCUCUCUAUAUCUCUACUUUUUUUUGGUGAAGCAUUUAUUACACGAGUACUGAAAGUAGUAUUUCUACCAUGGCUACCGUAAAAAUAAAAUUAUCAAUCAAACCAAAAACAAAAACGAUAGGCUUACUUAUCAAAAU